AUGGCUGAUGGCCAUGACGCCUUUCCCAGGUCGUCACCACACAGUGACACGUCCUGGCAGGUAGCAGUGGCCUUGCAAGACAUGAAGUUCUCUGCCGCGCAUUUUGUCGCCUUUGAGGGUUUCCGAGAACCUUUGCAUGGUCACAACUACACAGUAGGUGCACGAAUUGGCUCCAAGCGGCCUCAGGCAGAUGGCUAUGUGGUCGACUUCGGCGACCUGAAAAAGGUCAUCCGAGGCAUUUGCAAGGAGAUGGAUCAGCGGACUCUUCUUCCGGCGAAGAGCGACGUACUUUGCUUUUGUCAGGACUCUAAUUCAGACAAGCUGGAGAUACAGUGCCAGGGUGGCGUCAGAAUGGUGCUGCCUCGGCAGGACUGCGUUCUGCUUCCAAUUGUGCACACUACUGCAGAGGAGCUAGCAGAAUACAUUGCGUCAGAGGUCAUCUCAAGGAUUGGCAGCUUCUUGCAGAAGCGUGGCUGCGAAUGGUUGGAGGUUCAGGUUUCUGAGCGUCCGGGCCAGGGAGCAGCCCAUAUGACGUCAUUACGACCAGAGCGCCUCGCCGUCCCUGUCCGCCUCAAGAGGCAUGUGCCGCGACCAUGUAUGGUUCCGGUGAGCAGCAUGGACGAUCCGGUCGACGAGGUCAUGCGGGAGCUGCCGAGGGCAUCUCCAAGCUCCGAGGUACAGUUCGUUCCAUCGCCCAGUCGUCCCCUGAAGCUGCAGCUGUCAAAGAACUUCCAGCGACCUGCUGGCUCUGCGCAUCCUUUGGCAGAGGAAGCCUUUCGGCAGUUGCUGUCGACAUUGGGCCCAGAGGAGUCUUCGCGGCCAGAGCUGUACAAGACUCCGUAUCGUGCUGCGAAGGCCUUCAUGGAAAUGACCGCUGGCACUAGCAUCAAGGAUCCACUCGAGGCAGUUGGUGACGCUGUUUUCGAGGUGGAGGGUGCUCACGAUCUGGUGGCCGUGCGAGACAGCCAGCCGACAUUCCUUUUCACUCUCUCUGUGAACAUCACCUCCUUCCGUUCUCCGGGACUGCGCACAUUGCCUACUUCCCAGACGGACUCGGUGGCCUUUGUUGGAGGGCCGCUGGGGCAUCCGGGCGUCAUCGUGGUCCCAGAGCUGAUUGGGGUCACCGAGGAUGUCAGGAAUCAGGCUUCGCGGAUUGCAGAAGAAGGAGGCUUCCGUGUGCUCAUCGUCGACUUCCACAAGGGUCGAGUGGGCGACAAAGACUUGGAUGCCAAUGCUCUCGCGGAAAAUGUGAGCCUGGAAGGCGCUGUAAAUGAAAUUAGUGAAGCUGCAGCAUACCUGAAAUCCGAGAGGUCUCCCAAAGUUGGCAUAGUAGGAUUCUGCAUGGGUGGCGCGAUAACCUUCGCGGGUUUGGCAUCAUCAUCUGACAUCUCCUGUGCAGUGACUUUCCUCAGCAAUGGGGCGCUUCUUGGGGUCAGCCCUGAGACGCUGGAUGUCGACAUGCUCGCAGAUAAGCCGGUGCAGGGUCACUUCGGGGCGGCUGAUGCCGGAAGCUAUCUUCCAGAUGCAACGACUGCUCGUUUACUGGAAGAGCGCUUGCGAGCUGCAGGGAAUCCUGAUGCAACCUUCUUCGUCUACGAUGACUUGGGCCACUCCUUCAUGAAUGAGAGCCCUUAUCCCUUCUCCAGCUUCGCAGAGAGGGAGGUGGAGCUGGGAAUACCAGCAUACGAUGCCAAGCAAGCAUCCCUUGCCUGGAGUCGCCUCUUCGAUUUCCUGGGCUGGCACCUGGCUGGCAGGAUCCCACCGACGGAUGAUCUCGACAAGGGUGAGAUGAGUCUAGACGAGGCCAGUGGCAAGAUGGGACGACUUGUGACUGGACGCGGCUCUUCACAACAAGGGCAAGAUGUGGACCACCAUCACAUGGAUCUCAAAGAAGCAGUCGACAAGAUCGUGCAUAUCGUGCACCUGAAGAUGAUCGAGUUGGUCUUCGCCCGCCGGCUGCAGCUCCAGGAACGCCUCACCCACCAGUUUGUGGAUGCGGUGUGUGAGCUGCUCUCGCCCAAGGCGGUGGCAGUCAGCCUGGAGGCAACCCACGCCUGCAUGAGCCACCGCGGUGCGUCCGUGCCGUCGAGCACGCGAACGAUUGCACUGCGGGGACCACAGAAGGACGAUCCCGCCCUAAAAGAGCAGCUGCUCCUUGGUGUUAGCCGUGGUGGAGCGGUGGCCGCCAGACUGUGA